AUGGCAACUACCAACGCGAACCACAAGUGCCCAGUGGACAGGGCCUACCUUGGGAUAAGAGUUACGACCACUAAAAGCAAUGUUCUGGAGAACAUUAUCAAAGAAAAAAAGAUAAUGUGCCCAACAACACUCAGUGGCAAUGGAAGGUGUUGCUGGCAAGGGGUGCUUGGCGAUCUGGAGCAACACAAUACAACAUGUGAGAUGCAGAUUGUCAAGUGCCCUAAUGACAACUGCCAAGCCAGCACAUACCGUUUUGAGGAAGAGCAUCACAUGAAUGAGUGCCCCCAUCGCCUCAUUAGUUGCAAAGAUUGCAAUGAAAGUAUCCCAGUUAAUGGAGGGCAUUCAAGUGUUUGCACCAAGAAAUUCAAUAAAUGCCCAAAUAACUGCGGAGAACAAGUGCAAAGGUAUUAA